CGCUGGACGACUUCCAUCAUCAGCGAAACGUGCCGAGAGAGUCAAAUAACACCAUAUACAGAAUGCAGACUACAAUCGAAGCCUUCGUUACCUACCAUCGGUGCGAAACGGACGUAUCUCUAAUUAUAAUAUGUAAUAUUCAUGUAAAUCAGUACCUAAUUAAACCAUUCCACAACCAAAAGGAUUUCUACUUUCUCUACCAGCUCUGGACAGUCGUCCUUAUGUAACUGGCGCAGUCUUAAAGGAUAUAGUCCUGGAUGUUCAAGGUCGUCGUGGUGCAUCGCCUAAAAAUCAGGUCAACGCCUUCAACUUCCUUGUCAGGACUAGAGAACCUACCAGGAGCUACUGUCAUAGGAGCUGCCGCUGAAGACUUCGAGUCAUACUGGAAAUCGAUGGAUCGAAGCUCGCCAGCGACUUGGGUUUUGUAAGUACAUGAAAUCCUUUUUAUUGGUUGUUAUAUUAACUUUUGCGCAGGGUACUAUAAUAUAUUACGAUCUUUGCUCACCCGCGUAGUUUAAUUACAGUACUAUUUUAAUUUGAUGAAUUUUUGUUAAUUAAUUAUUCGAUAGAUAAUUUUUACUUAGUUAUAUUUAUAAAAAAAAAUAUGCCGGAACUUAGUCAAGUAGAACUGUUAGAUAGAAUAAAUAAGUCCCUUAAGUUUUUACCGAAUUUUGAUGGAAAUUCUCACACACUAACUAGAUUUAUAAAUUUAGCCGACGAAUUAGUACGCUCAUUUUUAAAUCCCGCUCAAGAGUAUGACCUUUCAAACCUCUCCUUGAUUAGUGGUAUUCUUAAUAAAAUUACUGGAUCUGCAGCAAGAACCAUAUCAACCAAUGGAAUUUCCGAUGAUUGGAAUAAAAUUAAAGCUACAUUAAUUAACAGUUUUUCCGAUUACCGAGACGAAAUAGCUUUACUUACAGACUUAUCAUAUUUAAUUCAAGGUCCUGAUACAGUACAAAUCUUUUACGAAAAGGUUCAAAAUUUACUUUGCACACUUAUUACUUACGUAGAGCUACACGAAACUGUCAAAACUACUGUCGAUGUAAAAAGAACGCUUUACCAAAAAUUUGCUCUUAAAACCUUCUUAAAAGGUUUAAGAGAACCUUUAGGGUCAAGAGUAAGGUGUAUGAGACCCCCCACAUUACAGACUGCUCUCGCAUUUGCCAAAGAAGAAUUAAAUAUAAUACAUCUGCAGAAUAGAACUAAAUUUUUCCAAAAUUAUCAUAAGCAUACUCGUAGACCUUAUUCUUUUUAUUCACAGCGUAAUUAUAACAGUGACACGAAAUUCCCUUCUAGAUCAAGAAGAUAUUCAAUGUCCCAAAAACACGUUCCUUCAGAACCUCAAUACCCAUCAAGUACUUAUAUCCCAUGUCAACCUUACCCUGUUCAACAAAAUUGCCCACAGGUGGAAUUAAAUCUACUGGAAGUUCCAGAAACCAAAAUUCCUGUAAAUUAUUAUAAAUCUGACCAAUAUUAUAACUCCCAAGAAAACAUGUCGACCCGGUGUGAAAAUGAAAUUGACACCGCUGCUGACGAUAAGCAGAAUUACGAGUUCAUAUUAUCACGUUUGCCCAUAGAUCAGUUAAAUGAAGAAGAGGCUACUAAUUUAAUUAAUUUAGCCAAAGAAUAUUCCGAUGUAUUUCUUUUAAUAUAG